AUGUGGCUACGUGUAAACCAAAUACCUCCGAUCGGUGUUGAUGAGCAUAAAUGGCUUACAGCGGUUCCCGUGCUAAUGCGGAAUGAUUGGGGUGUGAUGGAAAAGGCGCAUCGGGAAUGCGUGACUCAAUUUGGGGAACACUUACUUUAUAAGCCGCUGCAAACCUGGUAUGAUUGGAAGAGUAUAUUCUUGGUGGCUCGCAGUAAGAUAUGUUUUGCGACUUUUAAAAACCAAGAUGACGCACCGCUUGUGACAUUUGAUUAUCGUUGGCAAGAGACGGGUGCAAGAAUGUGCAUAAAUCCCGAAGAUGCUAAACAAUUGCGACAAAGCAUAAUGAUGACGGGUGAUAAAUAUGCGUGCGUGGAUAAUUUGUUGGAUUAUAUAUUACUUUUAGAAGAUUAA